AUGGCUUUAAUAUUUUUAGACGUAUCUAACGAACCAUCAGAAAUUCCUAACUAUCAAAUUGAAAUAUACUCCCAUAUUGUGACUCAAGAUCGAAACCUCGGAGUUCUUCGAUUCGCAUACACCGAUGUACCAAAACCUAAUUUUGACGAUUAUCGGAAAACUGCAUUGAAGGAUCCUCAUUCUUCGACCGCAGCAUCCGCAGAUCGUCGUCGUGGAAGUGUUGCACUCGUCACCUUUUCUAUGGGCAUUGCUGCUCUUUACGGGGCGAAGACUGUUAUCACACAAGCACUGUCAUCGAUGUCACCAUCGGCAGACGUCCUUGCCUUGGCCCAGUUAGAAGUGAAGUUGAACGAUAUCAUAGAGGGUAAAACUAAAGUCUUCAAAUGGCGCGGAAAACCACUCUUCGUGACACAUCGCACCCAGGAGAUUAUCGACCGAGAACGUCUAACGAAAAUGUCGGAUCUCCGAGAUCCGGAGCCUGACGAUAAACGUGUGCAACGUCCGGAGUGGCUUAUUGUCGUCGGAAUCUGUACGCAUCUUGGAUGUGUCCCAAUUCCGAAUUCGGGCGACUUUGCCGGGGGGUAUUAUUGCCCUUGCCACGGAUCGCACUAUGAUGCUUCGGCCCGAAUACGCAAAGGUCCCGCUCCCACUAACAUGGCGGUUCCACCUUACGCAUUUAUCGACAAUGAUAAUGUCGUUGUUGGUUAAACUCAAUAUAAAAUAAAUCAAUAC